UGUUUUCAGGAAGAUGAUAUAAUGUAUUUAAAGUGCUUGGAAAACUUUAAAGUGCUAUGUAAGCUUAUUUAUUAUGAGGAUUAUUUUAUUGUUUUAGCUUUCAUCUCUGAGCAGGUGUUUCUUUUGUACUGAAGCAGACAGCUCUUCAUGGAUUUCUAUUGGAUGAAAAAGUUCUUCAUUUGGUCUGAACCUAGUUAAAUUGAUUCUUGGAUAAGCAACAUGGGUACUAUGGGCUGUGAAAACAUUUUGCUGAUGAUGUUCAUGCUUUCAGAUAUGCUUUCAGUAGUGUCUGCCACAGAAAUAAAAAUCGAGGCAUUUUUCAAUAAGACCGCAAAGCUGCCGUGUAAUUUCAAGAAUCCUCAAAACAGCAGCCCGGAAGAAUUGGUUAUAUUUUGGCAAGGUCACAAAGACGAUGUUCUGUAUGAAUUCUAUCGUGGAAAAGAGAACCUGAUGUAUGUUCAUUCCAACUACAUUAAUCGAACCAAGUUAAACCCAAAUACUUGGAUUUUACAGCUCCAGAAUGUUCAGAUUAUGGAUCAGGGCAUGUAUACAUGCUUUGUCCAACAUUAUGGGUCCAAAGGACCAGUUGUCAUCCAUCAAUUUUCUUUUCAGCUGUCUGUCCUUGCCCCUUUCAGUAAACCCGAAAUAAUACAACUGGACAACAAAACUGCAGAAAUUGGAGAUGUAUUGAACUUUUCCUGUUCUGCUAACCAAGGCUAUCCAAAGCCUCAGAAGAUGUAUUGGAAAAUAGAAACUAAAAAUUCAACCAAGUAUCUUGGAGAUAUGUAUGUGUUCCAAGAUAAUACCAACCAACUCUACAAUGUUACCACUAUCUUGUCUUUGCUCAUUAAUGAUACUUCUCCCUGGAUAAAUAUCACCUGCUUGAUACAGACACAGGAGUCAAUGGAACCCCUUGCCUCUGAGACUAUGCACUUAAAGACACAACCAAAAGAAAACCCAGAUAGCAGUUUCCUGAUUCCUGGACUAGUAAUAGCAGGUGCCAUAAGUGCGGUUCUGUGUAUCUUCAUAUUAAUUGGGAGAAAUGCCUGCUGUGCUACAAGAGAAGCUCCCAAUGUGAAAGCAGAAAAUACUGAACAUCCUAAAGAAAGAGAUGAAGCUUUGGAACCAAUGAACCAUGGAUCAUGUGAAAAGACAGAAGACAGAUGAUAUCUACUUUUAUAUUCUUUUUAAAAUGUUAUUUUAAACAUAAAUAUAAAAUAAAUGAAAAAAAUCACUAUAUAACAAAACAUAAAAAAUUCAAACAAUAAUAACGAAUUCUCAUUUUAGGAAAGCCUAUAUAAUAAAUAUAA